GGCUGCGCCCUGCGCCGGGGCGGAGCCGGGGGCGGGCGGCCGGCAGGCGGGGGCUAGGGCCGAGGCCGAGAGUGCCUGAGCGCCGGCGGCUACGACGGCAGCGGAGGCCCAGCAGGCUCUGUGCRUGGGUCCGCGGCGGCUCGGGGUCCGCCCGCGGGUUGCGGUGCGAGCGGGGGGCCCGGCUGCCCUCCUCCCCCGCCCGCCGCCGCCGCUGUGAUUGGGUGGAAGAUGGCGCUGGGCGGAUGGAAAUCCUAAUGACAGUCUCCAAAUUCGCUUCCAUCUGUACCAUGGGCGCCAAUGCCUCGGCAUUAGAGAAAGAGAUUGGUCCAGAACAGUUUCCAGUAAAUGAGCACUAUUUUGGAUUAGUCAAUUUUGGGAAUACCUGCUACUGCAAUUCAGUUCUUCAAGCACUUUAUUUUUGUCGUCCAUUUCGGGAAAAAGUUCUAGCAUACAAGAGUCAGCCUAGGAAGAAGGAGAACCUUCUUACUUGCUUAGCAGAUCUCUUCCAUAGCAUAGCCACUCAGAAGAAAAAGGUUGGAGUAAUACCUCCGAAGAAGUUCAUAACAAGAUUACGGAAAGAAAAUGAGCUUUUUGACAACUACAUGCAGCAAGAUGCCCAUGAAUUCUUAAAUUAUCUACUAAAUACAAUUGCUGAUAUUUUACAAGAAGAGAGAAAGCAGGAAAAACAAAAUGGUCGUUUACCUAAUGGUAAUAUUGAUAGUGAAAAUAAUAACAGCACACCAGACCCAACGUGGGUACAUGAGAUUUUUCAGGGAACAUUAACUAAUGAAACCAGAUGUCUUACUUGUGAAACUAUAAGCAGCAAAGAUGAAGAUUUUUUAGACCUUUCUGUUGACGUGGAACAAAACACAUCAAUUACUCAUUGUUUAAGGGGCUUUAGCAACACAGAAACUCUGUGCAGUGAAUACAAAUAUUACUGUGAAGAGUGUCGCAGCAAGCAGGAAGCACAUAAACGGAUGAAAGUUAAAAAACUGCCUAUGAUUCUAGCUCUACACCUGAAGAGAUUUAAAUAUAUGGAUCAACUUCAUCGAUACACAAAACUUUCUUACCGAGUAGUUUUUCCUUUAGAACUCCGUCUGUUUAACACUUCGGGUGAUGCAACCAAUCCUGACAGAAUGUACGACCUUGUUGCUGUUGUGGUUCACUGUGGAAGUGGUCCCAAUCGAGGCCAUUAUAUUGCAAUAGUUAAGAGUCAUGAUUUUUGGUUGUUGUUUGAUGACGACAUUGUAGAAAAAAUAGAUGCACAAGCUAUUGAAGAAUUCUACGGGUUGACAUCAGAUAUCUCAAAGAACUCUGAGUCUGGUUACAUCCUUUUCUAUCAGUCUCGGGACUGAGGGGGAACCGUGAUGAAGAGAUAACUUUCUGCCUCAUUUCUUCUCUGGUUAUUUUGGAAAGGAUCAAGCACUGAUUUUUCAAGAAAAGAGAAAUGCAGGAAGCUCAGGGGGCAGUAGCACACUUUGCACACAAUAAAGCAAAGACUCUGGAUUAACAAGCCCUUCCUAUCAUGGUAGUUGAUUUAUUUGCUCAGGUAUCAUGCUGUCUGUGCAGUUCCAUACAACAAGGAAACGAAAUCAGAGAUACCAGCUCCUCUUGUAAAACAGCCUUCCAGUUGUUGAUAUGCAUUUUCUCUUUAUUAAUGCACCAAUAAUGAUUUGAAUUCCUUGGGGGUGCGGUAGAAAGAAUUGGAAUCUGUGCUAGAUUGUACUGAUGACUUAAGGAGAGGAUACUGAACACACUGCACACAUGCCUGUGUUUGGUAUGUUUAGAAGCAUAUUCCAUGGUCUUUUCAAGCAUAAACCAGAAGUACUUUUGGGCCCAACACUUGCAGUUGCCUUCCUGAUAU